AGACGUUUCGCAAUGGUGAAGUCAUAUCUAAAAUUCGAGCAUUCGAAUACUUUCGGCCUCGUAACGUCCGCAUCCUCGAAUGCGAUCUGGGUUCGGGACGAUGAUAUCUUCGGUACUGCACGCCAGACAGGGUCUGGACGGGCUGUAGCGGGUGCGGGAGAGGAGGUUUUGUGCUGGGAUAUAAAGAAGGGGGAGUUGUUGGGGAAAUGGAAAGACUCUGCGUGCAAGGCGCAGGUUACCGUGAUUACCCAAAGCAAGACAGAUGCGGAUAUUUUCGCUGUUGGAUAUGAAGAUGGCAGCAUCCGAAUUUGGGACUCGAGAACUGCAACAGUGAUUAUCUCGUUCAACGGACACAAAUCCGCUAUUACCCAACUUGCGUUCGAUAACGCUGGUGUACGUCUUGCAAGCGGCUCAAGGGAUACAGAUAUUAUUCUUUGGGACUUGAUAGCAGAGGUUGGAUUGUUCAAGCUACGCGGACACACUGAUCAAGUCACCUCGCUCAAUUUCCUUGUUCCGUCCCCCGAAUUGCUCAACGAAGCUGGACUCAAUGACCACGCUGGAUUCUUGAUAACAACCGGCAAGGAUGCGCUGAUUAAGAUUUGGGAUCUCGCUUCACAACAUUGUAUCGAGACACAUGUUGCCCAGUCCAACGGAGAGUGCUGGAGUCUGGGUCUGGCUCCGGAUCAGAGUGGUUGUAUUACGGGAGGGAAUGAUGGAGAGCUCAAGGCCUGGUCGAUCGAUGAGAGCGCUAUGAUCGAGAUUUCUAAAGAGAAGGCUGGAUCAGAGAACCGCAAAAUCCUCACCGACAGAGGGUCUUUCUACCGCAAUGGAAAGGAUCGCACCACCGGAAUCAGUUUCCACCCAAAGGCAGACUAUGUGGCAUUCCAUGGCGCAGAGAAGGCAGUAGAGAUUUGGCGAAUUCGCUCCGAGACUGAGGUUCAGAAGAGCUUGUCGAGAAAGCGCAAGAGGAGAAAGGAAAAAGAAGCUCAGCGGGCCACCGAGAACGGCGAGGAUUCUGAAAUAGUCGACAAUGAAAAACCGGUGGAGGACGUUUCCGCCGCACCUGUGACCGAAGUCUUCGUCUCCUAUGUUAUUGUUCGUACAGGCGGAAAGGUCAGAUCGUUCGAUUGGAUCAGAACAAAGUCGAGUGGAAAGCUUCAGCUUCUUGCAGCCACCACGAACAAUCAGCUUGAGGCGUACAGUGUCGCUACCCUUAACAAGAAGAACAAGGAUGAUGAGGAUAUGGAAUAUAACCGAACUCUGGCAGUGGAUAUACCCGGUCACCGCACCGACAUCAGGUCUGUUGCCCUGAGUUCAGAUGACCGAAUGCUGGCUUCCGCCUCUAAUGGUAGUCUCAAAAUCUGGAACGUCCGAACCCAGAACUGUCUGCGCACAUUGGAAUGCGGAUAUUCCCUGUGCUCUGCAUUUCUUCCUGGUGACAAGAUUGUCGUUAUUGGUAACAAGGACGGAGAGCUCGAAGUCUUCGAUAUUGCAUCCUCCACUCUUUUGGAUACGAUCAAGGCACAUGAUGGACCUGUUUGGUCUUUACAGGUGCACCCCGAUGGCAAGUCCCUGGUGAGUGGUAGUGCCGAUAAAUCUGCCAAAUUCUGGAACUUUCAGGUCGUUCAAGAAGAAAUUCCGGGUACCAAGAGGACAACGCCACGACUCAAGCUGGUGCAUUCAAGGACCCUUAAGGUCUCUGAUGACAUUCUCAAUGUCCGCUUCUCACCCGAUGCCCGCCUACUUGCCGUGGCUCUUCUCGACAAUACAGUCAAGGUAUUCUUCACGGAUUCUCUAAAAUUGUUCCUGAAUCUCUACGGUCACAAGCUUCCUGUUCUAAACAUGGACAUAUCCUACGACAGCAAGUUGAUUGUCACCUGCUCAGCCGAUAAGACAGUCCGUCUUUGGGGUCUGGACUUUGGUGAUUGCCACAAGUCCUUCCUUGCCCACGAAGACAGUAUCAUGGCUGUCGCCUUCGUACCCAACAACAAGGAGGGUAAUGGCCACAAUUUCUUCAGUGCUAGUAAGGAUCGUGUGAUUAAAUACUGGGACGGUGACAAGUUCGAACAUAUCCAAAAAUUAGCUGGUCAUCACGGUGAAAUCUGGGCGAUGACUAUCAGCCACUCCGGAGAGUUCAUUGUUACUGCUAGUCACGACAAGAGUCUUCGCACCUGGCAGCAAACUGACGAGCCACUAUUCCUAGAAGAAGAGCGGGAGAAGGAACUUGAGGAGAUCUACGACAACAACUUGGCAGCCUCUCUUGAGCAGGAGGAGGAUGGAGAUGGCGAGAAAGCCGAAGCCGUGGAUGCCGGCAAGCAGACAACUGACACUCUCAUGGCUGGAGAGAAGAUUAUGGAAGCUUUGGACUUGGGAAUGGAAGAUCUGGAGGUCGUGCGCGAGUGGCGCGCGCUCAAGGCAAAGCAGCCUAACGCCGCUCCUCCGUCCCGAAACCCACUUUAUAUCGCGCUGGGCAACAUCUCUGCCGAGCAGCAUCUUCUGAACGUUGUGCAAAGAAUCCCCGCCGCUGCUCUCCAGGAUGCACUACUUGUUCUUCCCUUCUCUAAAGUGUCUGCACUCUUCACCUUCCUCAACAUUUGGGCCAGCCGGGAGUGGAACAUCCCUCUAACCUGCCGUGUACUGUUCUUCAUGCUCAAGACCCACCAUCGCCAGAUCAUUGCAAGCAAGCUGAUGAGGCCCAUGCUGGACAGCAUACGAUCAUCUCUUCGUCGGGUGCUCACACGCCAAAAGGAUGAAAUGGGGUUCAACAUCUCCGCCUUGCAGUUCGUGGGCCAGCAAAUCAAAGCGCACAGCACGAAGGACUACAUCGACGAACAGGUCUGGGAGGAGCAAGACCGGCAGACGGGAACUGGCAAGAAGCGUGUAUUCUCCAGUAUUGCUUGAUCAAUACAUGACUGACUGUAUAUUCGAUAAAAAUUUUUGUAUACAUGCAUAUGUGUCUGGCGUAUUUGGAUUGGUGGGCUACCAAAAAAAGUUCUAUAUAUCCUUGGGGAGU